GUCAAGUCCCGUUUGAACUCACGACCUCCUUUUGAAAGGAAUUAAAGCGAUGGUGACGACAUUUUCCCUGCAUACAGUGGAUUUUCUAUCAUAUUUUGUUUCAAGUGUUUCUGUGGGGGCGGCGGCGGCGGCAGCAGCUGGGGCCGGGGCCACCUUCCUCAAAGUUAACUGCUGGUGUAUUGAAACACACAAACCUAUUGUGACAGCACUGAUGGACCACAAGCAGUUGAAUUUAAAGGCGUCCUCGCCCAAGGCCUGUCGUCCGCUCUAAGGUGUGGAAUAAAUGUUUGCUUUAAACUUGAUCUGAUUUCAAAAAUUUGCAACCAACCAGACUUUGGAUUUUGGGUCACCAAGGAGAAGAAAACUAAAAUGGCACACGUCAUUGUAAAGCUUUUUCUACUUUGCGUUCUGCUUGAAGGCAGCCUGUGUCAGGAAUGGGCGACUAUGUUGCCGUCGUCCGUGCAGGGCGUGAGUGGUUCAUGCGUUCGAAUUCCCUGCAGAUUGACGUCACUUGGAGGUUAUGAUCUGGAUUUGGACCGCACUUGCGCCGCCAUUUGGAGGCGGGGCUCCAGCAGGGGGCGCUACGUGUUCGACUCCAGACGCACGAGGGAGGAGAGCGCCUCCCUGGACUACCUCCAGGGACACCUCACCGGAAAUUUACAAGAAAAGGACUGCAGCACCAUCCUUGAGGACGUGACGUCCAACCACAACGACGAUUACUACUUCAGGCUGGAAUGUGACAACCGGCUCAAGUUCAACUUUGCCCAGAGCGUCCUGUUGGAAAUUCAAGACUCAGCACCCCGGCCCACGAUCGCCCCCGCCAAGGGCGAGGUCAACGAGGGUACGCCGAUGGCUCUCGAGUGCUGGGCCCCGGCUUCUUGCCCAACGCUGCCGCCGUUGCUGACGUGGACGCCGCAGCUGGGCGCCGUCUCGCAGGCACGCGUAGAGGCAGAGGGCCAGAGGCCGGCCAGGGUCACCGCAGUCAUGAAUUUCAUCGCGACCUACCGACACAACAACCUGAAGGUCACCUGCAGCGCCGCCUACAGGAGACAACCGGGACGUACUGAGCUGCUCACAGAAAGAAGACGGAUGCUUGAAGUUUUGCAUGGCCCUAAGAACACAUCAGUGAGCUACUCCAGCCCCGUGAGGGCGGGCACCUGGGUCACGUUGACCUGCGACACGCUCGCCAACCCUACUGUAUCUGCCUACGCGUGGUACCAAGUGGACGCCGGUCAGGUGACGUUCUUGAGAAGAAGUAAGCGAUACACUGUCGCCGCCACGGAAGACCCGCCCGGUUUCUUCUGCUGGGUGCGCAACACGUACGGAGAGCAAAAUUCAUCCGUCAUCACCUUCGAUGCACAAUUCCCUCCCAAGGACACCACGGUGUCCGUGGAGCCGCCUGGCGCCAUCCUGGAGGGCACCCCGCUGUUCCUGCUGUGCGAGAGCCGAGCCAAUCCGCCCGUGUACAACUACAGCUGGUCCGUAAACGGCGGCGAGGACCUGGAGGUAGGGGACCUCGUGACCCUGGACGCCGCCCGGCCCGGACACAGCGGCGAGUACCGCUGCAAGGCCAAGAACUUGCUGGGCGAGCAAACGUCUGCCGGCGUUCAGUUAGACGUUCAAUAUCCCCCUAAGAACACGACAGUGUCUGCGUGGCCACAAGGCUCUUUACCCGACGGCAGCGCUGUGACUUUAAGGUGCGCGAGCGUGGCCAACCCGCCAGCCGCUAACGUCACCUGGUACCGGGUGAACGGCGGGGAGAGGACGCUGAUGGGCACGGGACAGGAAAUGACCUUCAACGUCACCAAGCUGUCGCAGGACAAGUUCUAUUGUGAAAAUGUCAACGUUCACGGGGCCCAGUCGGCGCAGCCAAUCGCCUUUGACGUCACGUUCGCACCAGAGAUCCUGAGAUCCUCCUGUUGUCAGGACGUGUUAGCCCAGACCAGAUGUUCCUGCGUCAGCCAGGCCAACCCGCCGCCCUCCCUGCACUGGGAAUUGUCCGGUGUGCUCGUCAAUCAUUCCGACCGACAGCCCAUCACGGAGGAAGCCCUGGACAACGCCACCCGGAGGAGCAUCAUCAUCAUGCAGCGCUUGAGCGGUGAAGAAUUGGAGUCCUCGCUGGUUUGCUUCAGUUCCAACCCGCUGGGAUUUGACAGUAUCGCCUUCAACAUGUCCUCCCCUGCCGCUCAGAUAGAUGUGCCGGUUCUGGUUGGUUCUGCUGUGGGAGUGAUUACCAUGCUGAUCUUGAGUCUCCUGCUGCUCUUGUACAUUUGCAGGAAAACCAAAGGCAGCUUCCCAGCCAGCGAGAGACGAGCAGACAACGCCGCAGACUAUUUGGUCACCAAUGAGAGCAACACUUCCCAUGUCAACGCCAUUUACGCAAACGACUUGGCCAAGGAGGCGGACGACGAGCAGUUGCACUACGCCCACGUCAACGUGGUCAAACGGAAGUCGCUGGACCACGACGAGAUCCGAGGACUUUCCUCCGUCACUGGAGAGUACGCGGAGAUACGACUGCGCGCCGCUGGCGAAAGCGACCAAAAGACGCAACCGGAACCAGAGGAGGAAAAGGUGGCGGACGUUCCAUCCGCGCAGGAAGUGGCGAGCGACGACGUCGCGGCCUCGACAGAGUCCAAGAGUGACGGAAAUGCUCUCUAGACAACCUUUGUUUGGUUGGCUUUACAACUGUGGAAAGGCAAAUAGUUGUAAAGAUU